AUGACCGUUGAUACACAAAAUGAUGAUCACAAACAAAAUAAAUUAUUAUUCGGUGGUGGACCAUUGGGUUUCGGAGACCCAGAUGAUGAUAGGUUAAGAAUAGUUGAAAAAAAUGUAUUAAUACCUAAAAAAUUAAGAGAAGAAGCAAUUAGAAAGUGUAAAGAUGUAGUCGAACCUUUUGUUGAAUGUUGUCAAAAUUCUGGAUUGUUAAACAUAUUCAAAUGUAGAAAAGAAAAUCAAUUACAGCUGGAAUGUAUUAAAAGUUGGAUGGAUAAUGAAGAAUUCAAAGAUGAAAUCACAAAACAGUAUUUGGAAGAAAGAAAAUUUUAUAGAACAACUGGUAAAAAAUAUGAAUCGCAAUGA